AUGAGUCUAAGAAUAUUACCAAGACGAAAGUGUGGUGCCUUAGCCACUGCCUUGUGCUCGCCUAUAGAGGAAUCUGCAAUGAAAAACGAUACUCGUCGUCGAACGGUCAAUGGAAAGUCAAUAAUUGCAAUUACGGACGACGAUCAAAUAUUGAGCACAUGCAUCACAAUAGACGAAGAGGGUUUGGCUGUGGAGGAUGAAUACCCGUUGCAGUUGACAAUAGAAUCAGAAGAGAUACAAGUUCCCAGUUUCAAACUGUUUGAAGAAGAUGUUGGCAGUGGACUUCGUAGCAAAGCUCAAGAGGCAAGCUUAAUAUACGAAGAUUUAUCAGAUGCAGCGUACGAAAAGCGCCACAGGAAGCAUGAACUUGCCGAAAAGAAGCUCAAAAAUAGAGAACGAGAGCGUCUAAAAUACGAACGGUACCAUCAGAAAUUGGCAGUAGAACAGCUCCGUAAUCUAGACAGCAAUCGUUUGAUCUCUGGUGCGGCAUUAAGAAAUAAUUCAUUGAGUGCUGAUGAUAAAGAAUAUUUGCGAAGAAAGAUGUUGAAGGAUGCCGAGUCUCUAUUAAAAAAGUACGAUGCGUUUGGAUUUGGGGAGAAGAAGAAAAAGGGUUAUGAGCCAGUUAACAAUAACGCGGCCGAAGAGGCAAUGGCGAAACAUCGUAGUGAAGAGGUGGAAGAAUCAAAAACAACGAGACAGCGAAAGUCGAGAAAACGUGAAGCUGAUAAAUCUGAAGAUAUAACAUUAAAAUCAGAAUUACAUGAACAUUCUAAUACACGUACCGAUCGUAAUACUACGUCGAGAUCAAAAGAAAAAACAUCUCGUACGUCAAAAUCGAAGAGACGAACUUCAUCCAAGGAGGCCGCUGUUUCGUCACCCCAUUCACCUGCAGUACCAGCAUCAGAACUAACGACCUUCCUAAAACCAGACACGGCAAUGCCUACUGGAUCAAGAAAAAGUCAGAGAUCAUCAUUGGCGUUCGGGAUGAAGGUGCCUCAUGUGUUGGGACUGCGAAAGGAAUUCUCGUUGCCGGAUGACGAGUAUUCGGAUAUGAUGAAACGAAGGCUCGCUCGAUAUGAAGUUUCGCAUUCAAGAAACAAGAGUAAGAGCCAUAAUCAUCUUGUUAUCAUGCAAAUUUCUAAAAAAUCUUUCUUACCACCCUAA